UUUGUCCCGCCCCCCCAUCAGCCGCUUCCGUUUCCGGUUUUCCAGCCGCUGGGGUUCCGACAGCAGUUGCUGCGGUGGUCGCGAUGGGGAAGUCAGAUUUCCUUACCCCCAAGGCUAUCGCCAACAGGAUCAAGUCCAAAGGGCUGCAGAAGCUGCGCUGGUAUUGCCAGAUGUGCCAGAAGCAGUGCCGGGACGAGAAUGGCUUUAAGUGUCACUGUAUGUCCGAAUCUCAUCAGAGACAGCUGUUGCUGGCUUCAGAAAAUCCUCAGCAGUUUAUGGAUUAUUUUUCAGAGGAAUUCCGAAAUGACUUUCUAGAACUCCUCAGGAGACGCUUUGGCACUAAGCGCGUCCACAACAACAUUGUCUACAAUGAAUACAUCAGCCACCGAGAGCACAUCCACAUGAAUGCUACGCAGUGGGAAACACUGACGGAUUUCACCAAGUGGCUGGGCAGAGAGGGCUUGUGCAAAGUGGAUGAGACACCAAAAGGCUGGUAUAUCCAGUACAUAGACAGGGACCCAGAAACUAUCCGCCGGCAGCUGGAACUGGAGAAAAAGAAGAAGCAGGACCUUGAUGAUGAAGAAAAAACUGCCAAAUUUAUUGAAGAACAAGUGAGAAGAGGUCUGGAAGGGAAGGAACAGGAGGUUCCUGUUUUUACGGAAUUAAGUAGAGAAAAUGAUGAAGAGAAAGUUACAUUUAAUUUGAACAAAGGAGCCUGUAGUUCAGCUGGAGCAACGUCUUCCAAGUCAAGUUCUUUGGGCCCGAGCGCACUGAAGACGCUGGGGAGUGCGGCCUCCGUGAAGCGAAAAGAAGCUUCCCAGAGUUCAGCUCAGUCCAAAGAAAAGAAGAAAAAGAAGUCUGCACUCGAUGAAAUCAUGGAGAUUGAAGAGGAAAAGAAAAGAACUACCCGGACAGACUACUGGCUGCAGCCUGAAAUCAUUGUGAAAAUAAUAACCAAAAAACUGGGAGACAGAUACCAUAAGAAGAAGGGCGUUGUUAAGGAAGUAAUUGACAAAUACACAGCUGUUGUAAAGAUGAUCGAUUCUGGAGACAAGCUGAAACUUGACCAGACUCAUUUAGAGACAGUAAUUCCAGCACCAGGAAAAAGAAUUCUGGUUUUAAAUGGAGGCUAUAGAGGAAAUGAAGGCACCCUUGAAUCCAUCAAUGAGAAAACUUUUUCAGCUACUAUCGUCAUUGAAACUGGGCCUUUAAAAGGACGCAGAGUGGAAGGAAUUCAAUAUGAAGACAUUUCUAAACUUGCCUGAGUUUGAAAAUUUAACUACAUAUUAAAAUCCAAAAGCAUCAAAUUGGUGUUCGCCAAGGCGUUAAGAGUCUCUACUGUGUCAGGGUAUUCCUUUUGUAUAAAAGAAACAGAUUUUUGAAAAUAGUACUAUAUAGUUGUUCAGCUAAACUUAUAAAAAAUUUAAUUAUGUCUCAUGAAUUAUCAUAACUAUGUAAUUUUAUCCUUGUCAUGUUUCCUUCGUUUAUAAUUUACUUGAUUUUUUAUCUUCAUUAAAGAACGUUACUGUAAAGUGUUUUAUAUAAAACAAUUUAGGAUCAUAUAAUUGGAAGAAAUCUGUCAUACAUUCUAAAUUUAUAUUUUCAGUGGUAGAGUAGUAAAACUGAGCUAUGAAUGUAAAUUUAAAAAAUCAACCUAUACAUAUAAUCCUUUAUUGUGACACAAUUCAUAGACCACACGAGCCACUCAUGUAAAGUGUACACUUCUGUGGUCUUAGAUACUUACAGAGCCGUGUAGCCAUCACCACUGUCUGACUUUAGAACAUUUUCUUUACCCUCAAAUGAAAGCUUGUACAUAGUCAGUCCUUGUUUCCCCUCUGCCCCAGCCCUAGGCAGUCAGUAAUCUACUUUCUAUAUCUAUGGAUUUGCCUGUCUGGACAUUUCUUAUAAAUGAAAUGAUAUAAUGUGUCAUUGUCUAUGACUGGCUUCUUACACUUAGCUAAUGUUUCCCAGGUGUGUCUGGGUUGUGGCAUGUAGGAGCGCUUCCUUCCUUUUUAUUGCUGAAAAAUGCCCAUUGUGUGGAUAUACUGUGUUUCGUUUAUCCUUUCAGCAGUUGAUGAAUGUUUGAGCUGUUU